CUAGACGCAGAGCAAGUAGGCACGAUUUUAAAAGGCUAGAGAAUUGUCCAAGCAUGGCGACAUUCACGUGUCAAGUUUAUUAUCUGGAUGAUAGGGACCCUUUUUCGUGUAAUUCUCUGUCGCUUUUGGAGCCCAUUAAACCGAUAUCAUUUACAAUUUUAAUGGAGCUCCCAUUAAGUAGUCAGCUUCCUGCAAUUCAUAAAAUCCUACACCCGCCACAUCGCCUCGAAGACAGUACACUCCAGCUGUACAAGUUCGGUCAGGCUCAAUCCGAAUUCGGUUCAUACCUGGAUCUUGACUCUACAUUACAGGAGCAAUGGGAAGAUUUGGAAAUAUCUGCCGAUCAGGAGAACAGUGUUGUUCUUCGAACAAAGCUCGUUGUCCGUGUUAAAGCAAUCAUUGAAAAAUUAUUGGAUGCCAAUGGUCGAGAGUUAAAACGUUCGCUCUUUUCAUUAAAACAAAUAUUUCAGGAUGACAAAGACCUUGUACAUGAAUUUGUUACACAUUCCGGUUUAGAUUGUUUAGUGAAUGUUGGCUCUAGAUCAGAUCAAAAUAUACAAAAUUAUAUUCUUCGAGCUUUGGGGCAAAUUAUGCUCUAUGUUGAUGGAAUGGCUGGAGUGAUUGAACAUCCAAAUAUUCUACGAUGGUUAUAUUCUUUGUUAACGUCUAAGUUUCGACUCGUUAUGAAGACCGCGCUCAAACUCCAACUGUUAUUUGUUGACUAUGCUGAAAUGAAUGCAAUGAUUUUUGUUAAAUCUGUAGAAGCAUAUCAUGCAAAUACGCCUACUUCUGGUCGACCUUGGUCGUACAUAAUCAAUAUACUGAAUAAUGAAGCUAGUGAUUCGGAAUUAUUAAUCUAUGCAAUGACUUUGCUAAAUAAAACAUUAAAUUCUAUACCAGAUCAGGAUACAUUUUAUGAUGUCACAGACUGUCUAGAAGAAAUGGGAAUGCAGAAAAUUGUUCAAUGUCAUUUAACAAAGAAAAACUGUGAUCCAGAACUAGCUGAACAAUUAAAUUUAUACGAAGCAAGUCUACGAUAUGAGGAUGGUGAAGAUUUCGAUGAAUUACCUUUACCGGUUAGUGGUCGUGAAAGUUUACGUCAAGGUAGACGUAUGAGUAGAGUACAGUUUAUGAAAACACCUGAAGGUGAAGCACUAUUAUCAUCUAUGCAUGCUUUACCAACUAGUCAAUCAAUGGCUAGUGAUAUGGAUGGAAUGCUUGGUCGUAAAUCAAAACGUUUCCAAUCAGUAGAAAAUUUACAAAAUAGUGGAUUACCAAAAAGUAUUAAAAAUGCAAAUUUCCAUCCACAUACAAAACAAACCGAACAGAAACUAGUCAAUGCUUUCCUAGCUAAAGAAGGCAAACACAAUGAAAAUUUGAGUCGAGAUGAUAAACGAAAACCUGAAAUGAAUGGUUAUAUUGAUAAUUUAACAAAAAUUCAGUUAAAUCGUCUUACAUCCAAUGAAAACGGAGAAACAACUCAUAAACUGCCACAUUUCGAGCAGUCUUUAACCAAUGGUCAAGUAGAUAGUCCACAUCACAAUAAUUCUGUUGAUGUUGAUAGCAACGGUGCUAUGAAGACGUAUCGUAUAACACGUUCCAAAGGAAUCUCGCUGGUGUAUGAUGAAGAAUUAAGUAAUAUGGAAACUGGCACGUGUGAUACUUCAAUAAGUCCCACACUCCCAUACGAAAAUGAUAAUACCAGUGAAAAUCCUGAAAAGGAGGUUGAUUUAACCCAUUUAGACGUUACAGAUACAAAUUCAACAAGUGUGUUUACACUUGAAUACAUAAACUCAACCUUUGAUAUUAUCGAACGAGAUGAAAAUCUAACACCUACCGAAUUAAACUCAAGUUCAGAUCAUCAGUACUCUACUAAAGAUGUGGUACAUUUUACUUUUAAUGAAGAAAUCAACAUAGAAUCAGAUCGAAAGUGUACCUUAGAUACAGAGAAUGGAAUGAAUCAAAGUGUUGGGAAUGAGAUGUCACAAAAUUCACAUGAUGUAUCUGUAAAUAAUGGACAUGUAGAAGAAGUGAAUAACAAAGAAUUUAAUACUCAAAAAACUGAAUCUAUGGAUGAUGUGAAAGGCAAAUCUAUCGUUGUACCUGAUAGUCCAAUUGCUGGAUCAUUAAAGAAUAAAAUAGAAGCACUUAAUCGUGCAUCACAAAAACAAUCUGAACAUUCUACACCGAUUAGUCCACCAUCAGUUACUUUAUCCAAUACAACUGGAACAGUGCAUUUAUUAAAAGAAAAACAUUCAUCAUUUGAAAAUACUGAGGAACCAGUUAAACCUCAGCUACCACGUGAACGUACUGGUAAAAUUUUGUCGGUCAAAGAUCGUUUUGAAUCAGGGAUAUCAACAAAACCACCAAGUUCUCCUGGCUCUUUAGUAUCUCCUAAAAAGGUAAAUACAGAACAAACAACUACACCAGCCAGUUCAAUUCUAGGAGAAUCAGAAACAAAUGUGGAAACGUUUUGGCAACGUUGUUUGGAUAAAGUUAAACGACGGCCACUUCGUCUGAAAGAUUUAGACUUUACUGAUCUUGAAGCCGAAGAACAAGAGGAUGGUAAAGAAUCACCUAGAUUUUUAGGUCCUGGACCGCCGCCACCACCACCACCUUUUGGAGGUGGUCUUCCCCCUCCACCCCCGCCUCCGCCUCCAACUGCUUCAGGAGUUGCUCCUCCUCCACCACCACCAGCUCCUGGAGCUAGUGAAUCUCCAAGUAUACCUUCGAAUCUUCCACCAGCUCCUGGUACAGAGUUGCCUAAGUCAAAGAAAACUAUUCGUCUUCACUGGACUGAAUGGAAACCAACUGCAAAAGACUUAAAAAUGAUCGCAUCAACUAAGUUUUCAUCAUCAUGUGAUAAACCAGAUAAAGCUACGGGUAUAGGCAGUAGAUUCACUUCUGCUUUAUCGAAUAACAAAACAAAAGAAGUGAAAAGAGACGUGAAAACUAUUGCGAAUGCUACAGUUUGGUCUGAAAUUGUUCCAGUGAAAUUAGAUCCGGAUUUUUUGGAAGAAACAUUUGAAAAUCGUUCGUCUGACAUAAAAAUAAAGGAUAUGAAACAAGAGGUGGCUGUCAAAAAAAUUGAAGUUUUAGACAUGAAACGUUCAAAUGCAAUCAAUAUUGGUUUAAAAGUUUUACCACCACCGCGUACAAUCAGUUCUGCAAUUUUAAAAAUGGACCAUUCAAUUAUAAAUAGAGAGGGUAUCGAGAAACUUUUAACAACAAUGCUACCAACAGAUGAAGAAUGUGAAGCUAUAAUGAAAGCAAAAGCAGAACAAGAUGGAUUACCACUUGGACAAGCUGAACAAUUUCUUGUUACAUUGUCAGCAAUAAGUCAUUUAAAGCCACGUUUAGAAUUAUGGUUAUUCAAAUUGGAUUAUGAACAGAAUGAAAAAGAAAUAGCUGAACCGUUAAAUGAUUUAAAACAGGCUGUUAUAGAACUUAUCAAUUGUAAAACUUUACGGUAUAUUCUAUCCGUUCUUUUGUCUAUUGGAAAUUUUUUAAAUGGUUCAACUGCUAGAGGAUUUACGUUGGAUUAUCUAGGUCGGUUACCUGAAGUUAAAGAUACGAAAUAUAAGAAUAGUUUGUUACAUCACGUAUGCUCUAUAGUAUUGGACCAAUUUCCUGAUAGUACAGAUUUACAUUCGGAAUUAGGAGCAUUAUGUCGUUGUCAUCGAGUUGAUUGGGAUGAAUUACCGAAACGUUUGGAGAAACUAGAAACAGAUAGUAAACGAGCUUGGGAACAUUAUCGAUUAAUAUUCAGUUCUGAAAAAGAAUCAAAUAAAAAUAUCAAGCUUUCUGACUUUCUUACUGAUGCUAUGGAACGAGUGAUUUGUUUACAGAUGGUUUAUCGACGAAUGUCUGCCAGAUUUCGACAUACUCUGGAAUAUCUUGGUUAUAGUGCAGCUAGAGCCUCUAGUACUUCAGUUGGUUACUUUUGUCGAAUUCUAGCUGAAUUCGCUCUGGAAUAUAGAACAACUCGAGAGAAAAUUAUUGAAGGACGAGAGAAAAAAGCGUUAGCACGAGAACGCAAACGAACAAGAGGAAAAUUAAUUGUAGAUCUUAACACUAUAAUGGAAUUACAAUCAGAAGUUGUUCAAGCAAAAACUGUUACUGGUUUACGAAAUGCACCAAAUGAUCUAGUUCAAUCGAAAGAUGAUGCGGAACUUCGUGAUUUAUUACUUCGACCUUCUAAUGAAACUGACUCAGACGCAUCAUCAUUUACAGCUACAAUUAGACGACGUCUUCAUACUCCUGGACCAGCUCCUAGAAGAUUAGCACCUCCAAAUCGUGGACGAAGUCCAGGUUUAUUAUGUGAAACAUCAGACGCAUCAAUGGAAGCAUUAGAUCAAGAACAAGAUAUCCUAUUAGAUGCUUGUUUACGUGCAAGUACGCCAUCUAUCAAUUCUCAUGGGGCAUCAGGACGACGUGUUCCACCAAAAGAUCGUAGAAGACCUACAGAUCGUUCAAGAUUUUCAGUUUUCCAGUGCGUUUUGAGAGAUGUCUCGUUUUGUUUUUCACUAAUUGUUGUUGUUGCUUUUAUGUUUGUUUUGGAAAAUAUUUAAGUUUGUACAUGAUGUAAUUUAUUGAAAUUGAAUGCUACUCAAUGUGUGUUCGCGUAUCUAUUUAUAUGCUUGUAUACAAGGCUAUUAUGCAAUGGUGAUGUGAAUUACAAUCCGAUUAUUUUAUAUAUUUUUUUAAAAUGAUCUAAACUAUUUAUUUAUUUCACGAGAAAUUCGGUAUUGUCUUUAAAUUAGUGUAAAUGAUGCUUGUAUUCAAUAUAUUAUUGACGAAGAUGUCUAGUCUAAAAAUAAUAAUAAUAAUAAAGGUCGUUGAAAUGAUAGGGCGGAUUUUUAGUUUAGUUGUAUGUUUUUUGCUGGUGUUACGUUCUGCGGUCUGAAUGGGAUUUAUUAUUAUUCUAAAUAACAUCGUUAAUAUCUACUUUAAGCAGUAAAUAAACCCUGAUAAUUUUAUUCAGAACGAUGAAAGCUUUACAAUUAUAUAAAAAUAAAAACAUCCAGUUUAAAGAACACUGAAAUGUCUCCAAAAAGCACUUCAUAAUUAUCUUUGAAACUUCAUAUUGUUGAAUUUUCUGUUGUGGAAUUGUGAAAAUCUCUAUGUAGACGUUUAUUAACUGAAUUCCAAAGUAAUUCCCUUCAAAACACGAGUUAUACUGCUUUGGUAAACUUUCAGAAUAUCUAACAAAUUUCAUUUCAGUCACUGUUCUAGUUUAGUUAGAUUAUGUACGAAGAGGUUGGUUCGAAUUCAACAUGGCUUACAUCAACUAGAAAACUACUAAAAAUUAAAUAUUAUUGGAUAGUUGUCUCGUUAUCAUUUGAGAUUCGUCAACAGUAAAUGAACACAACUGAUGCAUUAUAUCAUUGUUCAUAUGGAACAAUCAAUCUCACAACUUAUCAUGCAUGCUGUUUGGUAUAUACAAAAGUCAUUCUCUGUGUAGCUAUUUAUUUAUAGCACGUGUAAUGCAUAUUCAUUAUGGUUUAGAAAACAUUAUGACAUUUCAUUAUCGUUUUCAUUUUGAUUCUUGCAAAGUACAUCUCUUUUGAUUAUUACCACUAUUAUUUGUGAAUUGAUUAUCCCUAAUUUUUCUUUUAAAUUUCUUCUCCACAUUAUUUUUUUGGUUCGAAAUUCAAAUCAGUCCGUCGAACUCUUAACAAGAAAUUAGCUGAAGAUGAUAUCAAAGCCAUUGAACGUGUUAUACAAGCAUCAGCAAAAACCUGAAUUCAAAAAGUUUUGCUAUCCAAUAAAUUAAAAUGUCUGUAUACAUGAAUAAAUGGAUAAAUCUGCAUUCAUAUUACAAAACUGUGUUGUAAUGUAUGAAUAACUAUUUUAAAGAUGUCGAUGGAUUAAACGUAUUUUCUUUCUGUAUAUAGAAACAAACCUUUACCAACUACCUUUUGUGUGGAAUAAUAACAGUCCUCUGAAUAUUGUUGAUUAAAACGAAAUUUUCUUUUCAUUAUUCUCAUCUUUGUACAUUGAUACAAAUACACACAUGUAUGUAUCACCGAGCAUAUAAUAUAUUCGAUGUGUGUAUAUGUACCUUAACUUCUUACAGGCAUUGUAACUCUGGUAACUUACCUUUUUAGUUUAAACCAUCUGUUACUAACCUAUCCUCAAUUCUAUAAUGAAAGAGUCUGAAAUUUAGCUCAAGCGAAUUCUAUUUGUUGUUCAAUAACUUGGCAACAGACAGGAUACCCAAUGCCAUCUUUUUCUCUCCAUUACAAGUCUUCUUCAACUCCCCUACUACAAUUACAUUUAUUCAUCACCCAUGUGGUAGUGAAGUAAUCCUCCUAAAUGUUUACCUCAAAUUCCUUUUAUUCUACAAGAGUGCAACUCUCAUACUAUCUAUGCAUAAUACUCUGAUAGACAUACUCAUACAAUCAAAAUGUAAGCAAUUACACAAGAUUACAAAAGACAUUCGCCUUAUUGAUGAUUGUAUGAUAUACAACAGCCGAAGUUGUUGUUAUCGGUCUUAGUACUAAUAGGAGCAGAGUAGAAAUUGUAUAUUCGCUAACUUUUAUAGUUUCUUUUGCAAAAGAGUUGAUCGGAUUUUGCCCAAAUUUCUUUUAGUUGCCUUUAAUUAUAAUGUAUCUUUUCUUUCAAAUUUCGUUUGUUCUAAUUUGUUAUUACCUUCACUUAAACAAACAAAAACAAUUUGUUUGUUUUUCGACUUUAUAUAUUUUAUUUUCAUAAUCAAUUUCUCUUUCGUUACACACUGGAUUCUAUGACUUGAGAGAAAAAUAACAAACUAUUUACUAGAUAGAUUGCGCUUUCAGUUAUUCUUCAAAACAAAACACGAUAACAAGAUCUAUCCUUCUUUCUCCCUCUCUUUUUCAUGUGUGCAAAUGUAUGCACAUUAUGUUCCCAGUCAACCCCUUUCUUCUCCUCUUAUAUUCUUUCGGCUUGAGCAAUUAUGAGAUUACAAGGAAAAAGAUGCAUUUUUAAGUUUUUCAUUGUUUAUUCCGUUGUUUUUUCAUUUAUCAAUCAAGUUUAAAUGUGAUUUCCUUUAAUGAUCAUUUUCUAAUGUUCAAAUUUCCUUUUUAAAAAAACGCAUUCACUUCCUAUAUUUUUUAAUUUGCUGCUAUCCAUAGUUUGCCAAGUUUCCAAGACAAAUCGUAAUGUAUAAACCUCUCUUUAUAAUAUAUAUAUCGAUCCCCUAGACAAUUUAUUGUCAAACGAAAAUUCAAAUUAAUUCAGUUGGAUAAGUGAAGAGAAUGUGUUAAUCCGUGUUAACUUAGUUGGACUUUAUUGUUUCCGAAUCUUUGGUAUUUCUCCCCAUCCUUACCUGUAUUUUAUGUUUUUAUGUAAUACCACUGCUGAGAUUUUAUUUUUUAGAUAGAAUAUAUAUAUAUAUAUAUAUAUA